AUGUCCCUGUCGCCAACUGCCUCUGCCUCUGCCUCUGCCUCUGCCUCUGCUGGGUCAGACGUGCCAGCGAAACGACGGCGAACGAGCAUUGGCGAAGGGAGGUCAGAGAUGACCCAGUCGCCCAGUGAGGCAGCCGGGGGAUCCGCGCAGCAACAGGCCGUCCACAUACCGAAGAGAGGAGCGCGGGCCUGUACCGCGUGCAGGAAGGGCAAAAACAGAUGUGAAGGAGAGGCUCCCUGUCGUCGAUGCCAGCUCAGUGGAACACACUGCGUCUUUGAGAAACCAGAGAAGAAAAAUGCACAGCCCAUGUCGGGCCCAAGCGUCGAGCGCCUCUCCAGACUCGAGGGUCAAUACUUAGUCAUGCAAAGCCAGAUGAUCGGCAUGCAAUCUUCCCUCGACCGUAUUCUGUCCGCCGUCCAGACGCAGGGUCACUCUAGCGCUGCUAUCCCGCAAAACCCAUCAUUCUAUCCGCAAAACAUCGGUCCAGGUCCCAGCCGCGAUAUGUCUGCCUACCAGCAAUCUCCCAGAACUGGCUAUGAUAUCCAUGGCCAAAUCGGAGCCAUCGACAACCAGCCAAGGCCUAAUCCCCGCCACUUUCCCCCACUCCCCGGUUUCGCCCCGCCUCCCCACAAAUAUGCAACAUAUGGCAUUAUUCCCAGCACUGCUCCUUCUUCAGAGGACGAGUCGGAAGAUACAUUGCCUCGCUCUACCCUAAACGCUCCUAUCGAGGCCCUCCAAGGUCUGGCAAACGCCGCUGCAGAAGCCGCUGCCGCCCCCUCUACUUCCUCCCAGAGGGUCAAAAAACGCAAAAAGGCAGAACCUAUCCCUCGAAAUGCUUUCCCUCAUGUAAUCGAAAAGGGCCUAGUAUCCGAGAACGAAGCCCGAGAACUAUAUCACAUCUUCUUCGCAGGAUGCCACCUUUUUAUCCCGCUAUUUGACCCUAACUAUGAUACAUUCGAAAGUUUAAUGGAGCGGACACCCUGGACUUUCGACGCUAUUCUGGCGAUCGCUUCCAAGAUCAGGAGUGGUAACGGUCCUCUCAGUCCCACCUUUUACAAAUGCCUGGAAGAAGCACAAGGCAUCGCCCGCUCAUCUCUUUUCGGCCCAGUAGUCAGAAAAGAGGCUGUCAUGGGGAUGUUGUUGCUUGCGGCUUGGAGCACAAAUGGGUGGCUUCCAAGCGGCCAUGCUAUGCGGAUGGCAUUAGACCUUGGGCUGCAUCGUGCGUUGGAAAAACUAGCUGACGAUAGCGGUAAAAAGCGUACAGACGAUGAGGAAAGAGACUUGGUUGUUUCCGCUCGCAUAUGGUUGUGUCUCUAUUGGUUCGAUCAUCAGAUGAGUUUGGGCACUGGUAGGCCCAUCGUGCUUCGUGAGGAGAGCUCAAUACGACACUGCCGCAUCCUUUUGAGUCAUCCCAUGGCUUCGCCGACUGAUGUUCGCCUGAUAUCACAAGUUGAACUAAUUGCCCAAAAAACACAAAUCUACGAGACUUUGGCUCCCCUGAACGGUCAAGUGAAUCAUAACACGCUGGCGUUCAUUCGACGCGCCAACGUUGCUCUUGACAAAUGGUGGGCAGAUUGCGACGAUUUACAUCGCCAAACGAUGGAUGAAGAUUCCUUGCUAAGAAAAAUUCUGGCUGGUGAACUGCAUUAUGCCAAACUCUGGCUUGUCUGUGUGGCCCUUCGAGGUGUAUCUUGGGACAAGAUGCCAUUCGAACAAAGAGAACUGGCCUUCCAAGCAAAAGAUGCGGCCUUUAACUGCCUUGCGAUCUUCCUCAACUCAGCGUCAUAUAGGGCCGCCCUUAGAUACGCUGUUCACGAUAGCCUUGUCACGGCCGCGUUUUCUGGGCUAUUCCUCCUAAAAAUGGCCAACUUGUUCCCGGCUGAGUUGGACCUUCCGGCCAUCACCGCUCAAGUCGAACAACUUACACAGCUCCUCUCUGAUGUAGCCGCUGAGCGAUAUGCUCUCACCCUCCGAAUCAUGCUCGCCAACCUCAAACGCAAGGUCGGCCUCAUGUCAGGCAUCAACACCCCCGUGACGAACAUGCCUCCGCCUCCCGUGCCGGAAGGCAUGGUCAUCAACUCUGGGUAUGGCGAGGCGCAGAACGUGCAGGCCCCGUUCACGAUGGAGGAACUCGGCUUCGCGUGGCCCAACGAUCGCGGCAUCUUCAGUCCCUCCGCUAUCCCGCUUUGGUUGCAAGAACAGAGCUUGACAGACCUCGGGCUUCCGGUCAAUGGUUCGGAUGGUAUAUUUUUACAAAUGAACGGAACGAACGGUUGGUCUGGAGAUUUUGCUCCCAUGCCAGAAGCGUGGUGA